AGGACAUGGAGGCGCCAGAGCGGGCACUUGCAUUUUUUCUUGAUAGUGGAAACAACUUAAAAUAUGCUGUAAUUUUUGCUUAUAAAGGCGCCACUGCAGUUAAGCAACAUCACACGAGCAAGAGAGCUGAAUACCAUCACGACUGAAAAUGUGACGCUGGCCCAGGAAAAAUCGACAGAACACCGGGGUUGACGAAGUGUUACAGGAAUAGCUUUAAGAACUGAAUUAAAUUCCCUAAACUGUACAGGAAAACUGACGUAACGCGCUUGCGACGUCAUCAGCAGGCGACACGUGUCAUAACGCGGACCUGAGCUCGCGACGCGCACGAGUGACUGCAGCUCAUAACAGGAUGUCACGCUUAUGGACUGGCGGUCAUGCCUCACCUGUGCUUUGCGCUGGAGUUUCCUCUGAAUCAGAGCAUAUGGUGGCAACCGGAGCAGAAGCAGGUGAACUGACCCUGUGGAGUCACGACGGAUCGCCCGUCUCUAAACUGCACCUGAGCGCUGAUGAUGAUGUCACGUGCGUCGCAUUCUCACCGCCGACCCCCUGCGUGCUGUACGCCUCACAUGGACGGACGGUUAGUGUACUAGACACCAGGAACCUGAAGACGGCUGUGACCGAGCUGACAGACGUGGGUGAGGAGGAGAUAAACUGGCUGUCUGUGAACGAGAGCGGUGCUCUGCUCGCUGCGGCGGAUGAUUCCGGAGCCGUGAGAGUCAUUGAUCUACAGCUGAAGAAAGUCAUCAGGACGCUGCGGAAACACGACAACAUCUGUUCGUCUGUGACCUUCCGACCUCACCGGCCUCAGAGUUUAGUGUCUGCAGGACUCGACAUGCAGGUAUUGCUGUGGGACCUGCCAAAGGUGCGUCCGCUCUGGACCUACAGUCUGCAGGACACACAGGAAGAAGAUGCUCAUCCGCAGAGAGCGGGGCAGAUGUUCAACCCUCCUCUCGCACACUGCGUUGAUGUCUCGUCCUGCGGUAACGUGUUUGCCUGUGCUGCUGAGGAUGGCUACAUCCACCUCCUGCGGGUGUCUGAGGACUCCAGGCUCAGGGAACGAGGGAUGUUCAAGGCUCAUUGUCAGGGAGCAUCGCAGGCUCACUUCAUCAGCUUCCUGUCCCAUCCGUACUGGCUGGCCACCGGAGGAAACGAUGGCCUCGUGGCUCUCUGGGACCUCAGUGAAGAGGCUCUGGUGGCCAAUGAGAGGAAGCGUAAGAGCCGCAAAAAGAAACCUAAAGCCAGAGCGAAGGCAGUCUCUCAAGUUCAAGGAAGUGACAAAAACCAGAAACAACAGAUGAGUGCUGAGGAAGCAGAAGCUGGCAGUGCUUCCUCCAGUUCAGGAAAAACCCUGCCAAAACUGUCUUUCAACCACGGGGAGAAGGUGAACUGGGUUUGUCCAGCUGUGUUAAAGGGAAAGCCGAGUCUGCUGGUAACAGACCAAAGUUCCAGUCCGUCUUUGUAUUCGCUGGAUGAACUAUAAUGUUUGGGAAUGUAAUCUGUCUGUAAAAAUUUCAUUAAAAUUAUGUUAGCUUCAUGCUAGAUUUACAGUUUA